CCUAUAAAUAGGAGAGUUGGAAGAAAACAGGGUGGCGGUGUUAAAUGUAUUUAAAGAGGAACUGAAAUUGGCUCUCUUGGUUGGGGAAAGAAACCAAGAGAAGAGAAUGGGGGGUGAUGAUAGAGAAUUAGUGGAUUCUUACCAUGGGAGAGUGCAUGAUGAGGAGGCUCCGGAAACUGCCCAUCAGAUUAGUACUGAUUCAUGGUUACAGGUUGGGUUUGUUCUCACCACCGGUAUAAACAGCGCCUAUGUAUUGGGAUAUUCUGCAGCUGUGAUGGUCCCUCUGGGCUGGAUAUUUGGUGUAUUAGCUUUAAUUGCAGCCACAGUAUUAUCACUUGAUGCUAACAUUCUUGUUGCCAAGAUUCAUGAAUUUGGGGGCAAGAGGCAUAUCCGAUACAGGGAUCUCGCCGGAUAUAUUUAUGGAAGGAGAGCCUAUUCUCUAACAUGGGGAUUGCAGUACCUCAAUCUUUUCAUGAUUAACACUGGAUAUAUCAUUUUAUCUGGCGAGGCACUAAAGGCCACCUAUGUUCUUUACCGAGAUGACAAUGUUAUGAAGCUUCCAUACUUUAUUGCAAUAGCUGGGUUUGUAUGUGCCUUGUUCGCCAUUGGAAUACCCCAUCUUUCUGCUCUUGGGGUUUGGCUAGGAGUUUCAGCAUUCUUUUCCAUGGUGUAUAUUGUUAUAGCUAUUGUGCUUUCAGUUCGAGAUGGGAUCAAAGCUCCAGCACAGGAUUAUAGCAUCCCUGGAUCAAGUGCAAGCAAAAUCUUUUCGACAAUAGGGGCAUGUGCUAGUGUUGUGUUUGCAUUCAAUACUGGAAUGCUUCCAGAAAUACAGGCAACAAUCAGGCAGCCUGCCGUUCCGAACAUGUUGAAAUCUUUGUACUUUCAAUUCACAGUUGGAGUUCUACCAUUAUAUGCUGUGACUUUUGCCGGCUACUGGGCUUAUGGGGCCAAUACUUCAACCUAUUUGCUCGACAGUGUCAAUGGUCCAGUUUGGAUGAGGACUGCAGCCAAUGUCGCUGCUUUCCUGCAAUCCGUCAUUGCUUUGCAUAUAUUUGCAAGUCCAAUGUACGAGUACUUAGAUACACGGUAUGGAAUUAAAGGAAGCUCACUGUCGCCUCGCAACUUAUCAUUCAGAAUAGCAGUGAGAGGCGGUUACCUAACUAUCAACACAUUCGUUGCUGCUCUUUUGCCAUUCCUUGGUGAUUUCAUGAGUCUCACAGGGGCCAUUAGUACAUUCCCUUUGACAUUUAUUCUUGCAAAUCACAUGUUCCUUGUUGCGAAGAAGACCAAACUCUCUUCUUUGGGAAAGCUAUGGCGCUGGUUCAAUGUUUGUUUCUUUGGCUGCCUGGCUGUUGCUGCAGCAAUUGCUGCUUUGAGACUCAUUGCUGUAGAUUCAAAAACUUACCAUCUCUUUGCUGAUCUAUAGCUUUAUUGCCCUUCAAGUUUUUGUCAUAUUUAUGAGCUCAAUAGAAUAAUCAUUUACUUAAUUAUUUCGAGAUCAAAUUUUAUUUUCCCUUGCAAGUUCUACUUGAAAUAGAAUGGGGUGAAUUUGCUAUCCUAAUGUUGUAUUAAAUAUUGUAAGUAAAUGUAUACCCUACAAAAUUUGAUAUGAAAUUUGAAAAAUAUUAAUUUCUUUCUA